AAUCAAUUCACACUCGCCUGCAAGAAUUAUUUUAAAUCAGCGUCUUCUUGUCAACACUUCAUUGCAACACAAAGAUGUUGCAAAGUAUUCAGUCAAUUCAGCAGGAUGUGUUGACUCAUCUCUGCUCAUGUAUGUAGAUUUGUCACUAAAAAAUACCCUUUUUUCAUGACUUUAGUUAACCACAAGGUAUGACUACAACUGGUGUUUUCCCCAAAGCAUUUCAACACUAAAAAUAAAUCGAUGACUAAGCGAAUGUCGGAUGUUUUUGCUUUAUACAACUUCUUAUCAGAUGGAAAAAAAGAAUCUUAAAAGUUUCAACAUUGAGACUCAACUUUCCUUCAUUGUAAAGCUGCCGUUGACUCUUGACUGUAAAUUGUUUUAUUGCUUGACAAAAGAGCAAUUCGAUUGUAACAAAGGAUCAAAAUCCCUCCUCCCUUUGUCACCCUGCAGCUCUGCUACGUUCGUACGUCAUGUGUUUGUGUAGCAACUGAGAAUGAGGAAGAAAACCCAGACAGGACACAUGAAGCCACGGCCUCCAGUGACAUCACAUCAUGUCAUGCUGUGUCCCUGUGAGAACGCACACCAUUCAGGAAAAACGAGUUUGGAGACAUUUUGUUUGUCAUCCUCCCUCCUCUUUGUUUUUCUUUCUUCUUCUUAGACUUUCCUAUGUGUAGCUUGACAGUAUCUUCAGACUGUUUAAUUGAUUCCACUUCAACCUGAGACUUCUCCACCGAGCUGAUCAUGGAUUACUCUCAACCUUUCUCAGCCCUCAAUGAGCAGCUGAGACCUCGAUUCACCACCAGUGAGCAGCUGUACUCCUCUCUGAACAGAGUAGAGGACAGACAGAUGGGCUCACUCAGGAGCAGAUCUCCAUUUUACCGACCAACAGUUCUGCCAACGGAACCAGAACCAAAAGUCGGCGUGACUCUAACGGAGCCAGAAGAUCCGGAGGAACCUGAAGAUGAUGCGGAGCAGGAGGAUUCAGUCUCUGAUGGCUUUGAUGAAGGAAAUUCUGCCGAUCUACUACACAUUGACAACUCUUGUCUCAUCUCUGAACUGAGCUUAAAAGAUGUGGAUGAAGAGGAGCUGGUUGAUGGGGACAACAGCUCCUGUCAGUCUGAGGAGAAAGACAGUUCAGGGGACCUGACCUCAGAGGGGACAGCAGGCUCCUCAGAGUCAGCAGCCUUGACCGAUGAAGGUGGGAGCUGCUUCCAGAGGAGCUACAUUGACAGGACUUUACCGGACCUGAUCAAGAGCGGCAGGCCGCUCAGCAGACGCCGGACCGUGGGUCACGUCUCAGACACGCUGAAAGAAGUGCGCAGAGAAGUUGAGCUGUCUCGGAGACGAAGCAUCAAGCUCAAGGCCCAGGUGGACAAACUGCAGGAGAGCAGAGAUGGACCAGGAUGGAGCCAGCACAGAGAGAGGGUCACAGAGGAAGUUCUGUCUGUUCUGAGGCUGCUGCAGCCGCUGACAGAACCAGAGUCCAGCCAACCUGAAUCCUCUUGUGGGCAAAACCAGCUGGACGCUGCACUGGCCCAGCUGCAGAAUGUGGCCCGCAAACUGGCAAUCAGCCACACCCGGCAGGAGAUCAAAUCUGGAAAAGGAACGGGAGCAGAGGACGGUGCUAUUCUGCAGCAGGCACUACGGGACAGAGAUGAGGCCAUAGAGAAGAAGAAGGCGAUGGAGGCUGAGCUGCUGAGAAGUAAGACGGAGAUGAUGACGCUGAACAACCAGCUGCUGGAGGCCGCGCAGAAACGUCUGGAGCUGUCGCUGGAGCUCGAAGCCUGGAAGGAGGACGUUCAGCUGAUCAUCCAGCAGCAGCUGUGGACUCAGCAGCAGGCAGAGCAGCAGGCCCAGAAGAAGCCCUCACGUCUGGGCAUCCUGAGGAGAAACAAACCGCCCAUCCAGCGGCCCGCCAACUUCCCUCUGUCUACACCCGUCCCGCCCACAACCAACUCAAACCAGAUCUUCGUCACAAAGUCUGCGGGUUCUACCACGCCUGCUCCCAGCACGCCUCCCACCGGCUCACAGCGCACCUGGAAGGACAAGCUGAGGAGGGGCGUGACCGGUCGCCAAGGAGACCAGGAUGCAACGAGGAGGGGCACGAUUGGUCGCCAAGGAGGCCAGGAUGCAGCGGGGCAGCUAGCAGAGCGGGGCAGAGAGAACGACGGCUUCCAAGUCGUAUCACUCGAUUGAAACCGUGACGACUUUGCACUGAUUCUGACGCACAACUCUCAUCUGUAACAAGUUAAAGUCUCCACUUAUUGUGACUUCACUUGAAUCUGAGUUUAACAUGUGUAUAUACAAGCAGGAUUUGUGACAUCACAACUAGUUUGAAGCCAAUCCUGGUUCAGUAUUCAACUUAAACGAGUGAUGUGGAAACCUGAAGCCUCCAUUGCACAAACACUGAGAAUAGACUUUACAGUGAAGAAGGAAACAUCUUGCAUUGACCACUUUUGAAGUAAUAGAUGGAAUAAAUGUCAUUUUGAGUAUUGUAACGAGGCAAUUUAACUUUUUUGUCGAAAAACCAUAUCAGACACAAAUUAUUAUUGUUUUAAAACAUGUCUGAAGGGGACCUUUAGUAUUUUCUUGGAAACAAAUGCUUUGGACCUUUGACCUUGUCAUGUAUGUGUGCAAUAUACCUGUGAUUAUGAAUGAGCCUUUUGAUUGUUUAAUACUGUAACACUUACACUUAGUUUCCUGAGUAUUGUUAGUCAUGUUGUAAAUAAAUGAAAUUCUUAUGCAAAAGUUCCUUCAGAUGUCAGACUGCAGCUUGUUUAAUGAAAUCACAUCCUGAGCUUUGAGAAUCACUAUUAAUCCUUCUGUUUGCUUUUGCUUGUUGCAUUUUCAUGAUUCAAAAGAGAGAAAAAAAAGGAGACACUUUGUCUUUAUUGUAUAAUGUCAGUUUGUACAUUUCCAAUACUGCAUAAUCCACUCUUAUAUGCAUCUUGCACACAUUUAAAAUUUAUAUAUAUGCCAUUAUCUACAAUGAGUGCCACCAGUGUGACAUGUUGAACAAACUCAAGACGUAUAUAGCACAGCAAACUCACACCUGAUGACAAGUGAAAAGGCAUGCUCAUAAUGAAACAAUAUACAAUCCAGAACGAUGAUUACAGUCUUUAAACAGAUUUUCAGUAUGAUUGAAUAAAUUCACUUUUCUAUAUCGAUGACACAAAGUUCCUCUUUGACAUAUAUUCUUAUCCUACUGCAACACGAGAGAAGCUGAAGCAGGACCUGCAUUCAAAUGUCAGCGCUACCCGACCCCCCCCCCCCCCCCAAAACAAUCUAUUCAUAGUGUGCAACCAGACAAAUCUGUCCCGCGGUUGAGGAGGAUUAGGGUGCUUCUCCUCGAACUGAAACUUUACGGAGAGUUUCACUCAUUCUGGUUAUUUAGAGCCUUUUAAGACUUGAUAUUUAGACAAAACACGAAACACUGAUUGUAGUAAACAUCAAGCGCCACGAAGGAAUAGACCCUCAUCUGUCAAUCUUCCAUGUCAGAAAAUCCACACAGAACUGGCAACCCAGCUGCCAAUCUUAAAUCUGCUAGUUAUUGUUGUAGAAGAAGAAGGUUUUUUUUUUUUAUCAAGUUUUACAGAAAUGGAAAAAGGAGCUCUCGACAAAAGAGGCACAUACAAAUUUACAACACCCUGCUUAUUCAAACAGAUGGCAGUUUUCACUACUGGACCGUACUGUUCAACCCCAUGAAAACAGAAAUGAUAGUGACACUGUUACGAUUAGAUAAGUUACAUAGUUGCAGCAUAUAUUUUGUGACCCAUAUAUACCCAUAUAGCCUUGCGCUGUAGUUGUAAAGAUAAGUGAGAUGCAGAUAAAUAAAUCAGUAAACCAUUUUUUCAUCAAAACACUGAUUGGACCGACCAAAUACAAAGACACAACAACAUUACGAUGGCUUAUUGCCGGACAGACAGAAGAAUAGUAGAAGAGUGUAUAAUAACUAGCAUAUCCAGUUGUAACCUGAGAUAUUCAGGAAACAGAUUGUGACACCACAACAUUUUUACUUGGUUUCCAUAGAUGAUUAUGUCAGCAUAGAAAUAUAACCAGCGUUCUCAAGUAGCGACACGGUAACUGACCUGUAAAUCCUCAUCUCUGAUGUA